AUGGCGUCCGAAACCAAAGCGCCCCUCAAGGGUAUUCUCAAGAAACCCAAGAACGCCCCAAGCCCCACACAGUCGAGCAACUCACCAGCAGCAAGGCCAGCACAACAACCAAGGCAAGACCCAAGACAAGUCGCUAUCCAGCACGCCCGCAUCCUCCAAGACCGCAAGGACACCGAGGCCCAGAUCCUCGACAACGUGAUAACCCUCCUCGACUUCCCGCGCUACCGCACCCGCCCCGCCUCGGACCCGGACCCCGCCGACGCGCGCGCCUUCGCCUCCCUGGUGCGCAUCUUCCAGCCGGGCGACUACGACGACCUCGCGGUGGAGCGGAACCUCGACGGCGACAAGUGCGGGUACGCGCUGUGCCCCGACCGGCGGCGGCGGUACCCCGGGGCGGGCACCUACAAGAUGGUCAACAAGGGCCGGCGGGACUUCGACAUUGUCGAGACGCGCGAGCUCGAGAAGUGGUGUAGCAACGAGUGCACCCGCCGCGCGCUGUGGGUCAAGGUCCAGCUGAACGAGACGGCUGCCUGGGAGAGGGUCGGGCUGCCUGACAUCGAGAUCGAGCUGUACCCGGAGAAGAAGGACGGGGAGGAGGGCAAGGCGGACAGUGGCUCUGGCGCCGCCACGCCUGCCGAGGAGGGCAAGAGUGAACCUGAGAGGCUGGCUGUCGAGAUGUCUCGGUUGCAGCUGCAGGAGGACCGCAAGGCCACGAAGGAUGCUAUGAAUCUCGCACUUGAGAGAGGGGACGAUGCCAAGGCGUCGCCCAGGGGUAAGGUGGACGUCGUCGUCCGCGAGAAGACGGUGACCACACAGGCAGAGGCCCCGGCUCUCGGUGAUGGAGCUGAGGGCGAUUCCAUCGAGGGCUACAAAGCCAAGUUUGGAACCGAACCCGACAAGGAUUCGUAG